AUGUCACUUAUGAAACUACUGAAAGCGUCUCAGAACCGUGAUGCUUCCGAAGCCUCCCGGGCGAGCGGAGCGUCGUCCCCCACGACCACCGCGGUCGAUGCCGCCUCGGAGCAAGGCGAGUCACUAGUCCCACCGGCCCGGGGAUUCGGUGGGCGCAAGAUGUCCGUCUGGUCAACUGUAGCCCGUAAACUUUCUGUGUCUACCACCGCCUCAAGCAAAGCACCCGUCAAACCGACGAUAACCCUGCCCAAGAAACGCUUUGAGAACUCCUACAGACUGGAGCCGGAGACUACUACCAAGUUCAACGUGCCUAAAGUGGAGAAGUUCUUGAGUGAGCUACUUGAGAUGCGACUCAAGUCAGAGACCUACGACGCUAAGACGUGCAGCUCACUGACGACCAGCCUAGCGGAUGUCAUCAAGGGACGGAUGAAGAAGAUGGGGUUUCCGAGACAUCGAAUCGUUGUCUAUGUCGUGGUUGGGGAGAAGAAGGACCAGGGAUUCCAGGCGUGCGGUAGGAGCGUCUGGGACGACUCGGCUGAUAAUUUUGUGUAUAUCACCUACGAAAAUGCAUCCCUGUUCGUAGUUGCGAAUGUGUAUGGUGUGUACUACGAGUAG